AUGGCUGGAUUCGAUCAGGAUAUCGAGCUCAGUGCUUACUCACACUCUCACGGACUUGGAAUCAGUGGUAAUGGUCGCAGUGGUCGACAGCACAGCAUAGCCGAGGCAAGCAGCUUCACCCUCGGCGGCGCCUCCCCUUCUCCCCGAACCAAGUCCUUUGCCGAUGUAUCACCUGGCGGCAGUCAUGGCCGCUCGAAAUCUAUUGCUGCUGCCAGUGACGGCGCGGGUGGAGGCUUCCACGGUACGAUGAGCCGCUUCGUGGACUCCUUCCGCCGCGGCGACGGCACCAUCAACAAAAAUCUCGACUUUGACGACGACAACAAUACCAGCUCACACGGCUACUCUUCCCACAGCAUCUCGCGCGGCCAUGGCGGCACGAGAUACUAUGACUUGCGCCCGGGAACUGGCAAAAUAAACACGCCCAGCUCGCUGCUGGCUAGAGAGCUAAAGGGCCGGCAUCUGCAGAUGAUUGCCAUUGGAGGGUCCAUCGGGACGGGUUUGUUCGUUGCCUCUGGAAAGACAUUGAGCGACGGCGGACCAGCGAGUGUGUUGAUUGCCUAUCUCAUUAUUGGCGUCAUGUUGUUUUGCACGAUACAGGCCUUGGGCGAGCUGGCCGUCAUUUUCCCCGUAGCCGGAUCCUUCUCGGCCUUCUCGACGAGAUUCUUGGAUCCAAGUUGGGGAUUUGCCAUGGGGUGGAACUACGCUCUGCAAUGGAUCGGGGUACUACCACUCGAAGUAUUAGCAGGCGCCAUGACGAUAGGGUACUGGAAUAAAGAAAUCAACAAAGCCAUAUUCGUCACCAUUUUCCUGGUCAUCAUCUUCAUCAUCAAUCUUUUUGGCGCAAAAGGAUACGGCGAGGCAGAGUUCAUCUUUGCCAUCAUCAAAGUUACCGCGGUGGUAGGAUUCAUCCUUCUAGGUAUCGUCAUCAACAUAGGCGGCACCCCCACCGAAGGCUACAUCGGCGGCAAAUACUGGGAGGACCCCGGUGCCUUCCACAACGGCUUCAAAGGUCUCUGCUCCGUCUUCGUCACCGCCGCCUUCGCCUUCGCCGGCACUGAACUCGUUGGCCUGGCAGCCGCCGAGACCGCCAACCCGCGCAAAUCGCUCCCCACCGCUAUCAAGCAGGUUUUCUGGCGUAUUUCGCUCUUCUAUAUCGUUAGUAUGACGCUCGUCGGUCUGCUCGUCCCUUACAACGAGCCUCGUCUCCUCAACGCCCAAAACAUCGCCGACGCUUCCGCCUCGCCUUUUGUCAUCGCCAUCGAAUCCGCCGGCGCUACAGUGCUCCCCUCCGUCAUGAACGGCGUUAUUCUCAUCUCGGUUAUCUCCGUCGGUAACUCCGCCGUUUAUGGCUCCUCCCGCACGUUGGCUGCCCUGGCCGAACUAGGUCAAGCUCCCGCCAUCCUCGCCUACGUCGACCGCCGCGGCCGUCCCAUCGUCGCCAUCCUCGUUACCAUGGCCGUCGGCCUGCUCGCGUACCUGGGCGACGUCCCCUCGCAGAAAAACAUCUUUGACUGGCUCCUGGCUAUCUCGGGUCUGUCCUCCAUCUUGACCUGGGCAUCCACCUGUCUCGCGCACAUCCGCCUUCGCAAAGCUUGGGCGUACAACCACCGCUCGGUGCAAGACAUUGCCUUUAAAGCACAGGGCGGCGUGAUUGGUUCGUGGAUUGGGUUUAUUCUCAACGUUCUGGUGUUGGUAACGCAGAUAUGGGUGUCAAUCGACCCGCUCCAUCAGGGCGACACACCGUUGACGACCAAAGAGCGGGUGCGCAGUUUCUUUGUGAGCUGCUUGGCGAUUCCGGUGGUGUUGAUUUGUACGAUUGUGCAUAAGUGGUACUAUAAGACGAAGUGGGUGAGGAUUGAGGAUAUGGAUGUAGAUACGGGAAGGAGAGAUUUUGGACGGUUGGGCAUUAUCAAGGCCCAGGAGAAGGAGGAGAGGAUGGGGUGGCCUAGGUGGAAGCGGGUUUAUCGGUUCAUGUGCUGAUUUUGCAGUGCAGUGCAGUGCAGUGGCUGCUCUGUGUGGGAGUGGAGGAGAGGGAAGACAGGCCCGGAUGCCCGGUGGGCUGGAUGGCAAGAUACCCGCAGUUGAUGUCCUGGACAGGAUUUGGAGAGGAACUUCCAUGUUGAGGAAGGCCGGUUGAUUUGGAUUUGCGAUUGGAUGGGAAUGAACAGGAUGCUUUGAUAUCAACGAUGGGAGACGCAUGUAUAUAGAUGUAAUAGUAAUCACAUUUGAUGAUGACGAAG